AGGCUACGGUUUAUUCCAACCCACACAGACAUACACUUGGCUUGUAGAAGUCUGAUUUUAAAUUCCAUUUUUCGAAGUGGCAAGACUCCCAUAUCGAUGAUCGAAUUUUGUUAAAAGAUGAAUUUUGUUACUGCGACUAGGUUUUUCGCAGUAUUUGCUAUUCUUUCAGUCACUGUGUCGCAUGAAGAGGUCAUUGAUGACAUCCUCAGCAAUCUAGCCAAGGGCGCAUUGUUCCUGGAGAUUGAGCACCAAAAUAUAAAUCUCGACGGAGUGGUUGGUUAUUUGAUAUUACAGGCUGAAUUUAAGGAGGCAAUCCGGACAUGGCCGCACACAGACCCGGUCAGCUGGGCUCAGCGCACCUCAGCGGUAGCACUGGUUAGGCGGCUGGAUCAGUCUCUCGAGAAGGCAGUCUCGGCACUAGCAGAAAACGAUCCAAAAUACUACCGAGAGUUUCAGCCCUUGCUGACCUGGACCUUCUGGGGAGUGCCACAUGAGUGGAGCUCCACAGAUGCCUCCUUGGCCUACUACUCCACCAGGGCCAUGGAGUGUUAUAAUGAGCAGCUCAGCGACAAAUGCAUGACACUGCUCCUUGGCACAUGGAAAAACAACGGGACUCCCUGCAUUGUGACAAAGUCUUGCCGAGAUACAAUGACACGCUUUGGUUGCCCUCACUACUCCCUCUCCCACCAGCUCCUCUAUUUCAUGAUUGGGUCCAUGAAAGGCUGCUCAAACAUGUUGAAGGGAGAUAUGCGGGCGUCACGUGCCAACCUGACAGAGCAAGACUACCAGAGGAUCUUCUGCUCCAACAUGAUGAAGAGCAAUCAGGACAUUAUCAAGAAUGGCUUCACCGGCCAAAGCCAGGACAUCUUUAUCGAAAACAUACUUCUGUGUGGAUUGGCUGGCUUCUCUGACUUCUACAAACCUGAUUGGCUGAAGCAUAUUUUGAGUUUCCAAGACCAGGAAAUGGGAUGCUUUGGGAAAGAUGAAAGAGUGACCUCCCAGACAAUUGGAGAGGAGUUGCUGGUGGCAUUGCAACCACAACGAAGAGUGAAGAGGAGAGAGAAAACACUGAGAGACGGCUGCUCGAGUCACAUGACUGGCGUGGCGGUGGGUGCACUGGGAGGGUACCUCAACUUCUACCUGACGGAGCAGGACAUCACGAAGAGACCACUCAGUUGAACUUCAGACGCCACACCACACCUGGCCAAAGUAGAGUUUAAAUGAGCUUGACUACUUCACUGAUUUAGUUGUCAUGCCUGGGCAAUGGAAAGCAAUACAAAAUCCAGAUCAAAGUCAUUGUGUGAUUGUUACUUUGCCCAGGUGUGAUGAGCUGAGCGCAGAGUAUAUAGAAGGGUAAACAGUAGACUGUUGCAGAUGAAAUGUAUAGAGGUAACAAAGACGACCCGAAUGCUGAUCAAUACACUGCACGUCUUAGAAACAAGACUGUUCUACUCAACAUGUCGUUGUUGGAAAUGUUAAUUAGCGUAAAAUUAACUACCGGUAGUUAUUUUCUAGUUGAAAGGUUGAUAAUCAGAAAAUGUUCAGCAAAAAAAGGUUACAGAAUUUGUCAUGUAGCAUGUGUUGUUUUCACAUUUGCACCUACUGCAACCCUCUCACAUUUCAGUAACUUGGACUACUAAAAAGCAAUACCUGAAUACUAUUUGAUAGAUUAAGACUAUCGUAUAAUACAUUUUUUAUUCUGUAGAAAUUGUCGGAGAAAUUUAGAAUGGAACAUUAUAUUCUGAAAAUACUGGUGCUAGCAUUCCUUGCCAGCAGAGAACCCUCUCCCCACAUGACCUAUAGAUGACACUAGGCUUACGUAAACAAACUGACCUAGGUUGACCAUUAUCAUACUAGAGGUGCAAUAAACCUUAUCUGUGUGGAGUGAAUCAUAUGGUCAAGCCUAGGGUCGGAGAACUCUGUAAGUUUCCACGUGCACGCGCACUCUGUCUCUGGGAUCGAUCAUAUUGACAGCUGAUAUGCAGGGGAGGAGACUUCUCACCAAUAAAUGGUCUUACCUGAAGACUUGUGAACCAGACAAACUUUGUAGCACAAUGGCGUGUGAUGUUUUUGUCUCCUUGUGGGCCGGCCACAAGCAAUAAAGCUUUCUUAAACUUG